AUGUCACCGGCGGACCUGUUUCUGAACAGUCCGGGCCUGCCAGGGUCAACGAUGAAGCUAACGCCCGGCGUCGGUUUGACGCUGCUGAUCGGGCUCACCGGCAGCAUCUUUCUCGUCGCUCAAAGUCAUCGAUUGUGGCGCAGUAAACUCAGCCAACGACGGCGUUCUUCGCGGAAGCCCGAUGUGGUAGAGUGUUACAUGUGCAACGCAAACAUCGAGCUCGAAAGUACAGACAGCUUCGCAACAUGCCGUGGUUGCGAAAGAAUGGUCUGCCGAGGCGAAAACUGCUGCCAGUGGGUGGAAUCGAUCGGUAUCUGGGAAUGCACCGGUUGUCAAUCGAACCGCGUUAUCCAGCAGAAGGCGGGCGAAUGGUUGCUGAAUCAGUUGACCACGCGGCUCCAGCAGCCCGGUCCGGUGGAGCUGAAGCAGGGCAAUCUACUCGGUCUCGGGUUGGACACCGAUGACGCUCGCAGCACGUCCAGCUCGUCGGUUUCAGUCAAUCAACGCAUUAAGGUGCGAGAAUUCAUCGAAGAGCUGCUGUCGAGUAUGCUGCACGGCCCGCUAGACGACGUGUCCGUUGGGCAGCUGAUGAAGCACGAAAGCUAUAUAAGACUUUUUCGCAAGUUCCACACACGUUUGAGCAGGUGUCUGUACAAUCUUGAACUUUCGAUCCAUCACUCACUAAUGUCGGAUCUACCGCUAUGGGAAGGUCAACAGCAGCAUCACAGCCCGAGCGAUCAGCACUUCGAGCUGAAGCGACUGAUUCAGAAGAUCCUGGAGGAGAUCGCCAAGCUGCCGGAGCUGCUGAACCACAGUGGCCUUCCGCUACGGCCGGAAGAACAUUUGCCGUACUUCGAUCCGAAGAAGUACGAACAACUGUUAGCCACUGCGGUGUUAAAUAAGGUGGUGGACGACUAUCGGAAUCCGAAAAACUUCACUAACAGCGGCGACGUGGCCGGAAAGUCGACUGGUGUCGCCACACCGUUUGGUGCGGUUGAUAUCAACCACAAUCAGCUGACCGAAACAGCUGGUAACCACCGUGGUUUGCUGAGCGAAGAAACCCUCAGACAGAUGUCCUUAGCGGCUGACGACGUGCACCCACACGAAGGCGUCAGCUACGGUGCCACCGGCGAUCGGAGGCUUUCCGACACGGACGAGUCCUAUCUGAGUGAUUACAUCCAACGGCACAAGGUGCCCCUGCCUGAUCUAUCCGACACCACCGGUUCUGGUUCUGGUGCCGAGGACGACGAUCUGCAGUCGCUCAAAUCGAACGCCACCGAUGGUACGUGGGAGGAAAACUGGCUGUUUCGCAAGCGACAACUGAAAACGACCGAAUCCUCGAUCGCAAUGCUCGUGCCGUCACCGACGGAGGAAGUGAAAGCGCUGAUUGGUGAUAAGAAUGCUGACGAAAUCAGUGAUCUCUCGGAGGCCGGCUCCGAUUGUGAGGGAUACGAAUCAGACGGUCAGCUGAAUGCCGGCAAGGACAGUUCCCGGGACGAGGAUCAUCCCGAAGGAGCCUCGAGUAGCAAAGAGACGAGCGAGGGCAUUUCGUCCUCAUCUAAGACGCAAGAUUUACUAGACGAGCACCUGCCGCCGGAUAGUCUGGUGUCGAUCAACUCAUUACCGGUUAAUGAAGAGAUCCUGUCGGAAGCCAAAAACAGCCUCCUGCUCAGUGAGCAAUCGACACCAAAUCACACAACCGCCGGUAUCAGGCUGGUUGAUGACCUGAUCAGUAUGGAACCGGUCGGAGAAAAGGUCGAAACUACCAAUCCUGCCCUGACAAAUCCUUUCCUGGUUGAUGUGUUCGAACCGAACAAUGGCGUCAUUACCGAUGACGUGAAGUUACUCCAGCGUACCGAAGCCGGUGACAGUCGCUCCGUCACAGAAACCCACAACGCCGGCGGCUACGGAGACCGAAAAGAAGUCCCAAUAGAUCGAGAGCUGCAAUUGCUGAUGCUGGAAACUCUGCCACUAGUGGGUUCGCCGGAGCAGGAGGUCCAAUCGCCUCACCCGACGAUGCUUUCCUUCACGGACGUGUUCGAUCAGUUGGCGAGGACCUCACCACUGAUGGCCAUCUCCGAGGAGCAGCCACCGGCAGUACUCCUAGAAGCAGCCAAUACUGCUCGCUUCAACUUGGAAGCGUUUGAGAACGAUUUCGUGAGACCGGAAGGUCCUCCGGGAAUCAUCGCCGUUACCGAGCAGAUGGAAGCAUACUGUGAGCAACUAAAAGGGCUGCUAGUCGGUCCUGAUCUGGAUACUGGAGAAUUGGAACCAACAGAAAAUGCUUCGAUCAUGGAAGAGGCCAUGUUUUCGACGACAAGCGGCAUGCCUUCAGAACAGCACAGUGAUGAUCAUGAAACGAUUUCCAAAUCAACUGACACUCCCGAUGCAUGCCAGCGUGAGCAAACUUCCACUCCGGUAGCAUCAGAAAACGAUACGAUCGAGGCCUUACAUGCGAGGACAACAAGCAUACCAACAGAAGAAGACGAUAAUGUACAUGAAACGGUUUCCAAAUACCCUGAAUCAUUCGAUGAACAAGAGAAAUGCGAAGGCAUGCAAGAUUCUGAACCACCACCGUUAGAUAGCUCAAUUUUGAUCAACAAUUCGAUGCAUGAAAUCAAAGAAGCUGACCCCUCGCAGGGUGAUAACAUGUCUACAGAACAGGACGAGGAUGACGAUCAAACUAUUUCAGAAAUGGUGGAGAUAUCUGUGGAGCAAACAGCUUGCCAGAGCAUGCAUGCUUUUAAAUCGAUACCGUCUGAUUCGAAUGAAGAAAAGCUCGAUCUUUCGCUAGACGAUUGCGUUCCAACAGAACAGAACGAUACGAACAAUGUAACGAUUUCUAAAUUGCAAGAGACAUCCGAUGAACAGAUAGCAAGUCACAAUGAGCAAGGGUUCAAACCGGACUUGCAAGCUGAUGAGGAGUUUGAAGCGAUUUCUGAAUCGGCGGAGGCCCUCAAUGAGCUGGGAGUGUACCAAAAUGAGACCCAGCACGUCGACGAGGAUCUCACGCAGGUGAAACAGAUUCCAUGCACGGACCCUACGGUAUCAAUGCUUUGCGAAACGGACGAUACUGUCCUAAUCGACGACAUAACUCUAUCUGAUAGUUUGUUGGAAGAAGGCUCAGAUGAGUCUUCCGCAUCGGGACCAUCAGCAAGUGAUUUCAUCGUUGAAAAAGGCGAGAUACCUUCAAUGACUAUCAUGGAACAACCAGAGUGCUAUAGCGAAAAUACCGCGCAGGUAGUAGAACAAGAAGAGAAUGAUCAUGUCGUCAUCGAAUUCACACAAACAGAAGAUCAUCCUUGCAAGGAUCAUACGAAUGACGAACUACUCUUACAAACAGCAGAAAGUGUUGACAAUCUGAACCUCAUCGAAUGUGCAGAAGAAGUGGUAGCAGUAUUUGAAGAACCGGUGGCUUUUCCAGAUACAAGCUUCGAGUUGAGCGAAUCACCAGAGGCGUUGCGAGUGUCCUCACCAAAUCCCGCACAUCACAUCGUGACCGUCCAGCACACACCAUCUGCUGAACAACCCGCUUCCACGGUGACUAACGACGCCGAUGAUUCAUCAACCGCGGCGACGUGCUCAGGCAGCGACGAGACAAUGCUGGCAUCGAUGGAAUCCCAGGCAGAGUCCAAGAUCGAGGACACCAGCAUGCCAUUUAGCGACACAGAGCUUCCCUCCCUUUCAUCGCCAUUAACAUCGUUUUCUAGCCACACACUCACUACCACCCUUAACAAUAGCAUCUCAACUAACCUCACGGGACGGGCCUCGUCACCUAGCAUUGGCACUAACCCCCCGAAUAGCCAUCUUUUCGUAAGCGAAUCUUUGCUAGACGUCCUAGCGCCCGCCAAUGCCACCGCUGAUUGUUCGAUCGUUGCAGCACAAAAAGAACCCGAACAGCAGCUUAGCUGCGAUGCUGGUGAUCACGCGCUCCUGCAAGGCUCUGGGGAUGAACAGACACAAGACACGUCUUUGGAUGUACCGGAUAACUUGAUACCAGGAUCCAUUGCAGAGCGAGAGCAUCUGAAGUGGCGUAAUGCCAAACCGAUCGCGAACAAUCCGUACUCUCCGGACGCCCUGCAACGCCGGUUGUCGGAAAAAAGCCGACCAACCAGUAUGAUCGAGAUCGAUCGUCUGGUGCGUAAGGAGACCGCUCCAGCAGCCGUCGCCGGUGUACUCUUGGACGACUCUGAUCCUCCGAGAGAACCCACGGACUCUGGGACGGAAAACGAUCGCUCCCUGCAAUCGGUCAUCGGUGGUGCGCUAUUGGAGAAGAAAAAGAUUGGGCGAGAGUACUACAUCAACGAUCCUGAGCGGCUGCGAACGACCGGUGGGUCGGUAAAACAAACACUUGGGCUGACGCAGCAACAGCAGCAGCUAUCGCAUAGCACCGAUGAUGAGAAAUCGCUUAUGCUUGGACGCAACCUCGACGACGGUCAUGUCCUGCUCCAGAUCACAUCCGAUCCGAACAGCGCCCUCUACCGGUCGAGCAGCUUCGGCAAGCAACGUAACCCCAACUCGGAGGACAUCUUUGUGGCGCGACCCAUCCAGGUGACGGCCGAUGAUCCGAUCCUGAAAAAGGGCACCAAGGUGAACUACCUCAGCACGGCAGCCAGAGAGAUCUUUCUCGUCCCGCUCGAACCGGAACCAAACGGCUCGCUGAUGAGCUCAUCCUCCGAGCUGAGCGUUCACUCGCCAACCUCGCCAUCCGCACGACCGGAACAAGACAGUCUGACGUACAGCGAAGAUUCGGAUGUGACGCGUAUCUACGAUCUGACCACGGGAGAGUCAAAGGUGGUUCGAGCUGGUGAAGCGAUCACCGUCCAGCGAAAAUCGAGCGUAGCGGAUCCGGAAAUGUGUGAUACAAUUCUCCAAAUCUUACCUCAGCUUGCGAGCCCAGUAAAGCCAGUGCCACCGUCAGUUAGCGCUAGUCCAGUGCCAGUGAAUAUCGCCUCACCCACACACGCAGCCAGUGAGCAGUCAUCAGGAGCGGAUGGUCGAGGAUACCUCCGUCCGGCUCCAUUCCCAGUGAAGCCUCUCUCGCCGGAUACGAUUAAGUUCUUUGCGCCGAAGCGGAAACUUAGCUUUACCGGUAGCACCAGCAGUUUAGCCGGUGGAGAUUCGAAGAAUGCCAGUGAGCAGGGUACAACCCACGUGCUUCCAUCGAUGCACGCCUCAUUUCAUAUCGAUUUCCCGGCGUCGCGUACACCCAUGGGCAGUGAUUUUUCCAUCAUCGAGAAGGACGUGAUCGGAAUGCUGCCGUCGGUGAAGGAGCUGGCCAAGUGCUACAGUGGCAGCACGAGUGACAUCUCGACAAUGCCACCAAAACCACUCUACAAACCACGGGUCAAGCUUAGAAAGGACUUUGUUCGCCAAUCGACGGACGUGCUGAACGAGGAAAGCUCCGAUGGGUUGCCAAACGGGAUCUCCAAAGGACAGCGACAGUACAGCAGUACGAGCAACAUUGCGGUGCGAGAUGAAAUCCGUGAAAUACGCAAGCUCAACCUUGAGGCGUACAAGCAGUCAACGUUCUACCCGAUGGCCCCCGGCCACAGCAUAACCGCCCGCAGUUUGUCCAAGCAGAUCCGUGAGCAUAAGAACAACGUCACCGACGAUCACAAGGGGGGCCAUCAGGACGACCCGCUAGCCGUUAGCGCUAGCCCCGGUGUCGGUGGUCUCGGUGAUGGCGGUGGCGAGGGCAUUAUUGAUGGUAUUGGCAAUGGAGGUGACGGGGGUGGCCACACGUCUCCGGAGCGCCCUAGCAGUCCCGUUUUUCAGCCAGGACACCUGAAGAGUAGCAUAGAGUUUUUCGAAAGCCUCAGGAAGCAACCGUAAACAACGGAGCGACGGCAGGCGCACGUCCAGGCAACAGACGGCAAACCUGGCAAAUACGGCAGGGGAUUACAGUAGCACGGAACAAACUCGCGGAUUUGAGAGGGAUCUCGGCUCCUCUCGAGUCGUUGUGCCAUUGCGUUGUGUCGCAGAGCGGAAAAUAAUGGGUGCAUGAGUGGGUGGAAAAGUGGGUCGAAAAGGACGAAGAUAUUUCAAAAACACAUCCUCAAUAGCCAGCCGGUGACGGGAAUCACUCAACCCGUCGAAAUUUCACAUAGUCAUCGUCCAUGCCAAGAACACCCAUCCCAGUCACAUUUCGUAUCGGUUAGCUUUAGGGUAGGCAGGGAGCUCAUCUGGGGUUGCGAUCGUGCUCAGUCCUCAAACUGCCGGGGUGUAAGACGCUUCGGAUUAAUUUAUUAUCGGCCAUUGGUUCAAAACGCUUCAGGGUCCAUAUUAUUCAUUCUACGGCGCAUGUUUUAACAUACCAUUUGUGGCAUUAUUUGCAGUUGUUAUUUUCUUUUUACAUUUUCUUUUCCGUUUUCUCUUUACGGGACUUGCAUUUGCUUUUUAUACUUUUCAUUGCUCAUAUUUUUUGUUGUUGUUCCUGCAUUUUCC